AUGUUCCCAUUGGCCGCCGCUGCCUACUCUGACGACCCAAAUGAAUGUUUGAAUAACAACUUUGAAGACGCUAAGGUGAGUUUGCUGUUUUUAAAAGUUUAAUGUUAAUACAAUAAGUAUGCUAAUUUAAAAAAUUUCGUUCAAGUUUUUAAUCAUUUGAUAAAGUUAAGACUGAUUGAAGUUGACAAAAAGUCAAAAAAUUACAAAUUUUUUCAAAACUUUUGAGUUUCCAUCAUCUUUAACUAGCUGCAACUUCUUAACUAGAUGGCGGCUUUUAGCAAAACUCUGUCACAAUGUUUAACUUUAUAUGCUUUACCAAAUACAUGUUUUUAAUUUUGACACAAAUUUCAAAAAAUUUUGAAAAACGAAAAAAAUCAAAUUUGUAUAAAAAAUUUUUGUUUUGUGCCAUUUUUAAAUAUCUGUAUCUUUUUAACUAGAUGAAGUACUUUAGUGAAACUUUGUGACAAUAUACAAUUUUAUACGCGUUACAAACUACAUUGUUUUCGUUUUGUCAUAAAUUCUAUAAAAGUUCGAAAAUUUUAUAAAUUUGGGAGGGGGGGGAAUUUUCUAUGAAAGUCCUGUUUUAAAGCCCAUUCAAGCUUUUAGAAAGUCCAAAAAGUUGUUUUAGCCAUUUAAAACCACAUUUUUAAAAGUAUUCAAUACCCACUAAUUUCCAAUUUAUCAAAAAAAAAUUUUAGACAAUUGGAGUUGUACUAGCCAAGUGUCAAAACGAGUUCUACACUACGCUUUGUGUUGGCUUCGUUGCCGUUUCGCACACUGACAAAGCCAUCAUCCUCAGUUUCCGUGGCACAAACAACUUCCUGCAACUUGUGACAGAGGUGAGCAACAUCGCCUUCUUCAACCGACGACCAUCGCCAUUCAAAGGUCAAGUCGCACAAUACUUCUUCGACGUUCAUGAACAACUGUGGGAGGCUGGAAUUCACAGAUUGUUUGAAAAGGCUAUUAAGUCAAACCCUGAUUAUGAAAUUUGGGUAGGCUUUGAAAUUUAAAAAAAACUAUUUUAAAAUUUUUAAAGUAGAGCUAGACUAAGGCUAGGAGUAGACCAUUAGCUAUAUUUUAAAAAAUUUUGAAUUUUUAGGUAACAGGACAUUCUCUCGGAGGUGCCGUAGCUGCUAUUACUGCCACAAAAAUCUACAAGGACUACGAGGAAUCGGCCAGUAAGAUGAAGUUGGUUACGUUUGGACAGCCACGUACCGGUGAUAAUGUGUUUGCUGACACUUACCCCAACGCUGUAAGUUUUAAACUUAGAAAUUUUUUAAAUUUUGAACCGUUUUACUCUAUUCUACCCUACCCUACCCUACCCUAUUCUACCCUACCCUACCCUACCCUACCCUAUAUUACCCUACCCUUCCUUACUGACUUUAUCUUACUGUAAGCUUCUUCUACUACUGUAACUCACCCUACCCUAAUUUUAAAAAUUUUUAUACUUUUGUUACCUAAAGUUUCAUUUUCAGAUCAAGACCGCCUUCCGAGUGACCCACAAACGCGACGUAGUACCACACGUGCCACCCAAAGGCUACGUUGGCUACAACCAUCACUUCAGCGAGGUCUGGUACUCUGACAAAAUGAACCAAGACUCCAAAUUUGUGUAUUGCAAAGAAGAAGAAGGCAAAAAGUGCAGUAACAGCGCCUUCUUACCGGUCUCGGUAAUCGACCACGUCACCUACUACAACGAGUUCGUACCAGUGUUCGGCAUCAAAGGCUGCAAAUGGUCGUCUCGGAAGUGA